AUGGCAGCUAUGCUGCAAACCCUCAGAUCCUCCCUAAGAGAGGAUUACAAGGAGAUUGCAGAGGACAUUCGUAAAGAGAUCCAGAGCUUAGGUACAAGAACAGAGGCAAUGGAAAACAAAACAGAUGAUCUAUGCACAGCCAAUAAUGAAAUGGCAGACAAAAUAGCUAGGAUGGAGGUAGAACAAACUGACUUGAAAAUCAAGAUGGCGGACAUGGAGGAUAGAUCCCGCAGGAAGAAACUUCG